CACAGUCACAGUCGCGUGGGACGGCGAACUGCUUGAACUCUGGAGACUCUCGUCGUUUAUAAAAACACAAGUACGAGAUAUCGCAGCUGCCGCGGACGAUGCGGUUGCAACAGUGUCAAGCGUCAUCACGGCUUUUGGCCACCCGGCUACGAGGGAUAGUUCAUAAUGGGUCUCGGCACCAGCGCUUCCUCCAAACGGCGACCGAACGCAUGUCGAACGCUUCAUAUGGACUUGGGAUGCGGGUUUCUGUAGGACUAUUGAUAGGGGCGGGGGCCUUUGGGCUGUAUACUCAAAGCAAGGCACCCAUCCUCUGUGAUGACGGCGCUAAACAAGGGGUGUAUGAUAGGUGGAAAGACGACAAGAUCGGCGCGUAUGAGAAUCGUAUCAGAAGCUUCUCACAUCCGUGGAAAGUGUUCCAAUACUUUGCAACAGCACAUAAACAUGGACAACCAUACAUGACCACCGAGGACUUUAUUCGGUCAUUAAUGCCAUAUCGAAGCUAUCGCGCGUCUGGCAAGCUCAAGCGGGUGCCAUCAGCAGAAGCCUUCUUCGCGUUGGCCGACACAGAUGGGGACGGCCUGAUUAGCUUCUCGGAGUAUAUGAUCUUCUUGUGUCUUCUUGGCACACCCGAGUUCCACUGGAAGAUCAGCUUCAAACUCUUCGACAUUAACGGCGACGGGACAGUGUCGAAAGAUGAGUUUGAGAAGAUCAUGCUUCAUCAUGCGACGGGGCUUGGCUUUGGCAGUCGGUUGGGCAACCAAGAAAGACAAAAAGUUGAUGUUACGCACAGCGGCAUCUACAAACUGUUCUUUGGAAACCAAGGCGAGAAGAACAUGGUCUACGACGAAUUCAUAGACUUCAUGAGAAGACUUCACCUGGAGACCUUGAAGUUGGAAUUCGCCCAGUUCGACGUGGAGGAGAAGACGAACAGCAUCAGCAUGAGGGACUUUGCGCUUUCAUGCAUCAGCUACGCACCGCCAUCGCAACUACCGAAAUUGAUUGACAAAGCCGCCCAACUGCCGAACUAUGCGGAGCGGGUGACGUUUGACGAGUUUUAUGCAUUCGAUCAAAUGGUUAGAACGCGAUUGCAUGAUCUGGGACUGGCCUACAAGCUGUAUACAUCCAUGGAGCACGGACUGGAUCGGACAGACUUCCGUCGCGUCGUCAAGGCCGUCACGACCACCGACUUGACUGCUGGACAAGUCGACGUCAUCUUUGAAAUGUUCGAUUUCAACCAUGAUGGAUACCUCAACAUCGACGAGUUCUACCAACAAGUGAUGAAAGGCAGACAUUCGAGAGGACUGGACACGGACAGGAGCAUCGGGAUAUCGAAAUUCUUCCAUACGGUGUCCAAAUGUGUACGGGAGGCUUAUGAUGAGACGUAGAGGGACGAAGGGGGAGGAGCCCUUUUGGGCUCAUGGAGGGACUGAUCCUACGCCGCUCGAGAGUGGAUGAAGAACACUCCUUUUGCACAUGUACAUAUUUCAGAGAGGUUUUGCGUGGUGGAGAGACAGUGGGCGGAGCGUUCGAAUACAACUUCUCCAUCUGCCCCCGAAAA